GUGUCUGCACACCUCGCUCCGUCUGCCAUGGCUGGUUAAAGAACCAUCCGGAUCGCAGCGCGGGGGGAGGGCUGGGUGGGGGGAGCGCUGCGGCCGCGCGUGAGGCCGAGGGAGGGGCGGCGGCGCGAGCGGCGGCGGCGGUUCCAGGAUGAAGAGGAGAGCUGGCCUGGGGGGCAGCAUGAGGUCAGUGGUGGGCUUCUUGUCCCAGCGGGGCUUGCAUGGGGACCCCCUGCUCACUCAGGACUUUCAGCGGAGACGCCUGCGAGGCUGCAGAAACCUCUACAAGAAGGACCUCCUCGGCCACUUCGGCUGUGUCAAUGCCAUUGAAUUCUCCAACAAUGGAGGCCAGUGGCUGGUCUCAGGAGGAGAUGAUCGCAGGGUUCUGCUAUGGCACAUGGAACAAGCUAUCCACUCCAGAGUCAAGCCCAUACAGUUGAAAGGAGAGCAUCAUUCCAACAUUUUUUGCCUGGCUUUCAACAGUGGGAACACCAAAGUAUUCUCUGGAGGAAAUGAUGAGCAGGUCAUCCUCCAUGAUGUUGAAAGCAGUGAGACCUUGGAUGUGUUUGCUCAUGAAGAUGCAGUGUACGGCUUGUCGGUGAGCCCAGUGAAUGACAACAUUUUUGCCAGCUCCUCAGAUGAUGGCCGGGUUCUCAUCUGGGACAUUCGGGAGUCCCCUCAUGGAGAGCCCUUCUGCCUGGCAAACUACCCGUCAGCCUUCCACAGCGUCAUGUUUAACCCUGUGGAGCCCAGGCUGUUGGCCACAGCCAACUCAAAGGAAGGAGUAGGACUCUGGGAUAUUCGGAAACCUCAGAGUUCUCUCCUGCGCUAUGGCGGCAACCUGUCACUGCAAAGUGCCAUGAGUGUGCGAUUCAAUAGCAACGGGACACAGCUGCUGGCCCUGAGGCGUCGCCUGCCCCCUGUGCUCUAUGACAUCCACUCCCGCCUGCCUGUGUUCCAGUUUGACAAUCAGGGUUACUUCAACUCUUGUACCAUGAAAAGCUGCUGUUUUGCAGGAGAUCGUGACCAGUAUAUCCUUUCAGGCUCCGAUGACUUCAAUCUGUACAUGUGGAGGAUCCCCGCCGACCCCGAAGCGGGUGGCAUCGGGAGGGUGGUCAACGGAGCCUUCAUGGUGCUGAAAGGGCAUCGGUCUAUCGUCAACCAGGUUCGAUUUAACCCCCACACCUACAUGAUCUGCUCUUCUGGCGUAGAGAAGAUUAUCAAGAUCUGGAGCCCCUACAAGCAGCCAGGAUGUACCGGAGACCUGGACGGUCGGAUUGAGGAUGAUUCCCGCUGCCUCUACACCCACGAAGAGUACAUCAGCCUUGUGCUGAACAGUGGGAGUGGCCUGUCGCAUGACUACGCCAACCAGUCUGUACAGGAGGACCCCCGGAUGAUGGCCUUCUUUGACUCUCUGGUGCGCCGUGAGAUCGAGGGCUGGAGCUCUGACUCGGACAGCGACCUGAGCGAGAGCACCAUCCUCCAGCUGCACGCAGGGGUCAGCGAGCGCUCGGGUUACACCGACUCCGAGUCCUCGGCCUCGCUGCCCCGCUCCCCUCCUCCCACAGUGGAUGAGUCUGCCGACAGCGCCUUCCACCUAGGGCCCCUGCGGGUCACCACCACAAACACAGUGGCUGCGACUCCACCGCCACCCACAUGCGAGGAUGCUGCUUCUCGCCAGCAGCGCCUGUCAGCCCUGCGGCGCUACCAGGACAAACGCCUCAUGGCGCUUUCCAAUGAGUCUGAUUCCGAAGAAAACGCCUGUGAAGUUGAACUGGACACAGAUCUCUUCCCCCGUCCCCGGUCUCCCAGCCCUGAAGAUGAGUCCAGCAGCUCCAGCAGCUCCAGUAGCUCUGAGGACGAGGAGGAGCUGAAUGAACGCCGAGCAUCCACCCGGCAGCGGAAUGCCAUGCGGCGCCGACAAAAGACACCCCGAGAAGAGAGGCCCAGCGCCCCACCCAAGCCCUCCAACACCUACAUUGGCGAAGACAACUAUGAUUAUCCCCAGAUUAAAGUGGAUGACCUCUCUUCCUCCCCCACGUCCUCCCCUGAGCGGAGCACUUCUGCUCUGGAGGUUCAGCCAAGCCGGGCAUCACCAACGUCGGACAUAGAGUCAGUUGAGCGGAAGAUUUAUAAAGCUUACAAGUGGCUCCGCUAUUCCUAUAUCUCCUACUCAAACAAAGAUGGAGAGAGCUCCCUGGUAUCUGGGGAAGCAGAUGAAGGGAGAGCAGGAACCAGCCAUAAGGACAACCCAGCCCCUUCUUCCAGUAAGGAAGCCUGUCUAAACACCGCCAUGGCCCAGAGGAACCAAGACCUGCCCCCUGAAGGCCAGAACAAGGAUGCUUUGAAAGAAGAGACUUCUAGAAAUCCCAGCAUUGCCCCAGGCCAUGAGCACAGCUGCCACUCUUGGGCAGAGGCAUCAGAGGACACCUCUCAGGACACUAACAAUGGUGGCUCCAUAGAACACUCUUAUGAAACCAAGAAGCUCAAUGGAAAGGCCCUGAGCAAGGCCCUGAGCAGCCGGGCCGAGGAGCCGCCCUCUUCUCCUGUCCCCAAGGCGUCUGGCUCCACUUUGAGCAGUGAGACUGGCAACUGUCCCAGGACCCAGGCUGAUGACAGUGAAGAGAGGAGCCUCGAAACCAUCUGUGCUAACCACAACAAUGGACGCUUACACCCCCGCCCGCCUCACCUCCACAACAAUGGACAGAACUUUGGGGAGCUGGAAGCAGUGGCCUGCUCUUCCCCAGGGUGUUCAGACACUGACCGUAACUUGUCCCUGACGGGGACACUCCUACACAAAGAUUGUUGUGGGUCUGAAAUGGCCUGUGAGACCCCCAGUGCUGGAACGAGAGAGGACCCUGCUGACCCCCCAGGCGUGGACAGCAGCAGGGCUGUUCGUGGCCAUAGUGGCCUCAAAAGGCACCGAGUCGAAUUGGAAGAUACAGAUUCAGAGAAUUCCUCCUCAGAGAAGAAAUUAAAAACAUGAUAAAUACAAAGGGGAAAAAAAGCUACAUAAAGGAGCUUUACAAAAAAAAUUUUUAAGCCUGUUUAGUGAACACAGAGGAAAGGAAAAAAAAAGUAUUAAAGGCACAUAAAACCAGGGCCUGAAUUUUGUGUCUGAUGCUGCUCCCUUCUAUUUAACAAUGGGUCUGAUGUUUAGUUGGCCAUUGGCUUGUGCUGUGUUAAGAAAGGGAAAAAUCCAAGUGACUCCUUUCUAGUAAAACGUAAGCAUAGGCACCCACGCAGAUUCUGUUAAAGUAAACCCUUGUUGAGACGUUGGACUCGUUCUUAUGCUUGCGUGCGCACGGGCGCGCGCGAGCUCGCUGUUUCAGACCUCUCCUUCAUCCUCCAUCAGAGAAGGGUCCGUGGACCCGUGUUGUUUGCCAUCUCACCUUGUUUACGUGCCGUAGGUGUUCUGGUCUUCACUGUUCUGGCCGUAACGACUAGUGCCGGCGAAGGCCGGUGCUGCCGCCAGUGAGUAGUGGGUCUGGGCCGAAAGACCGGAGAGGAGACCGGGAACGGGCCUUCAGCCCAUUGGCUGUGCCGGAAAGGAAAGCAUGGUUCGUUUCUUAAAGAAAUCUUCCAUGUUUUCUCUCAGUAGCACUUCUACAUUGAGCAUUUAACGUAGACAGACUGAAAGGGGAGCAUUUGUAAUGCUGAUGAGAGGUUAGCACUUAAGAUCAGAUUCAAGAGAACAUAGAUCCCUGAUAAAUUUCACUGAUUGCAAAUUGAGCAGCACCGCAAAACGUACUGUAUGGAGGCCAUAAAAUGUAACUAGUUGUGGGUAACACUUUAACCAGUUAGAUGCUUAGUUCUAAGGCACCCAGAAGGCCUGCAGGUGCUUCCUUGGCGACAUGCAGUAGCGUCUAAGCGUAUUGAAAGAAGGGGAAAAGACAGCUCUCAAGAGCUUUGUGCUCAAACUACUAAAGGGGAUGUUAUAUGUGUGUUAAGAGGUAUAGUAAAGAACAGAGUAUGGUACUAUAUUAAUUUAACUCAACCCCACGUGAUUGAUGAGCAUUGGUGGGCCUGGCAUCUUCCCUCAGGCUUGCUGUUGACAAGAGGCUGUGGUGUUCUGACCAGAUCUUGCAGAGCAGUGGGCGUCUUGAAGUAACAGAUCCUUACUGAGUAGGUCUGUCAGGAGGCAGAGCGUGUGGAAAGCGGGGUCACUGGUUUAAGACUCCUGGCUCCUAGGAGAGACUUCGUUUCAUGGAGGUAGAUAAAAGAUUGCGAGGAGGGAAAGACCAGGAGAUCCGCAGCAUUGCAGUGAUAGUCAGUCACUUGGUUGUCAGCGGAGGGUUGUGCAGGACAGGAAGAACCAGGAAUGACCAGACAUCUUGUCAUGGAUGUCAUGAAAAGGCAGAAUACUGGCAAAGAAAUGAGGGAGAGGGAGAGAGGAGAGCACUGUAACUUUCUUGGGCACCGAGGUGCCGGAGAGUUGGGAGCCUGGCCGGCGCUGGCGUAGGGAGGACCCGUGGUGUGACCGGUGUGGCCUCACUGAUCCUUUCAGAGGAGGGCCUGUCCUACUGGGACUGGGACCAAGGGGAGACAACCUGUGGAGAAGGAAGACUUGGAUGGACGUAGGCACUGAGAGAAGAGAGGUUAUUUAUGAAAGAAGGUUGUUGACCUAAGCCAGAAGGAGACCCCAUUUUGCUAAGCUCUGGGAAGGGAGAGAGGUGCCGGUGUGGGUGAGGUGACUUGGGUGCGAAAGCACUGCCUUCGGAGAAGGAGAGGAAGGGGUGUGAGUAGCGGUGGGGGUGCUUACAAUUUAACACCUGUGAUCUCACGGGGGGAGUGGGAAAAGUGAUUCUGUAACCAUUAGAAUUAUUUGGAUUUGUAAUCAAAAUGGUUUUAUGAUUUGUUGUUGACUAUUCACAGAUUAUUGUAAAUUCUGGUUUUAUAAGCCCAAGUCAUUUUACAUUUGCUUUUCCAAAAUUUAUUAAAUUGGAAUUUUUUAAUCCUUUAUAUACAAAAAAAACAAAAAAAAUACAAUCAUUCAGUGUGUGUUUCUCUUCCCCUUCCUAGCCAGCAUACCCAAUCUUUCUGUUUUAAUUAAUCAGAAGGUAUCCUUUCCUGACUUCUCUGAGGAUAAUCCGCAUAUAUUCCUGGAGAAUAAAGAAAUAGUUCAAGUUCUCUUGUGAACUAGUCACUUAGCAGUUACUGCUCCCAAAUACAGAACUCGGUCUUUUCGUGUUAAAAGCCUUAAUCUCAUUUGGAUACUCAGAAGUCAAGGUUCAUUCUGGUUCAACUUUAGUAUCCAAGAAAGAUCAUUUUUUAAUAAGGAUGCCUUUAAUCCUCAGGAGAGACUCUUCCCAGCACCCCAGAUUCAGUGUGCCAGGAAAUAGGCCCCACAGGAGCAGGCUGAGAAAUGCUUGUCUCUGUAGCCACUCCGCUCUCAUUUCCAGAAAUCUGUCUAUCUGUGGUCAUGGUCCUGGAAACCUAGCAGGAACCACUUCCAGGGUCCCUUUGCCCGGCCCCUUACAGAAUUGAUGUUCCGACUUUGGAGGCACAUUUAAUCCCCGGAUUCUUGUGUGAUAAGUAUUUUUACUAGCAGGACAGUGGCACUGAUUAAAUUGAGAGCUGCUCAGAAGUGCCUCUUAUGUUUCUUUCUGCAUCCUGUACCUAAAAUUUCAAGUGGCUGGUCCAGACCUAAAGAACCGUUUCUCUUCACGUUAUUUUCCACCUGGUUUUGUGAUUCCUGUGUCUCUAGGGCAGCGGGUAAAUGAGUUAAAUGAGUAGUUGGCAAGGGGCAAACGAAGGCUGCUACUGUGCUUGAUUUACUGAGCCGGGAGCCCCUUGUUUGUCAAGGUGCCUUCCUCUGCUGAAGCCUUACCCCUCACAGGCCCACCCAGCGAUGCUAACUCUUCCCCUGUGUGUAUGCAAAUAAACCUGUUGUUCGCUUCU